AUGGUGCUCCAGAACAAAUACAAAGCGAAAGCGUCGAGACGGCAUCACUCUCAGAAGGCUUCUGCCGACGAUGCUGAACCAGGUUCAUCCAAGCCAGGCUUCCGUCAACGAUUCGCCAACAAGCACCGACAAUCCUCAUCACAAAGCGGUCAAGACGGUACAAUGAUCGGAUCUCAUCGAGGAGAGGAGGAAGGGGAGGAUGACUUCGAGGAUGGAGACGAUAGCGAAGAAGCAUCCAUCAGCGGCAGCGAAGAGGAGCAAGCCAACGCCGAUUUUCCGAGCCUUACCAAAGCUGCCGCAGUGUCAGACCCAUCACAGUCAUCGACACACCUGGAAGACCCUUCCAAUCCCUCCAGAGGCAAGUAUGCGCGACGGAAGUUGGGCGAGAGCAAGCUUGCUAGGCUGGAAAGGCUCGAAGCGUCCAAGGAUCCGAGGCUGCCGGAUGAGGAAGAGCCCGAGCCCGAAGUCGACAUCUCCAAUCUCGUCGCUCGUGUCGCUGCACUAGGCGGCUCUGCUGGCACGCAAGCCGGCGUUGCCGAGGAGAUCGCCCGCAGUCGUGGUCAGCACGAGACCGCCUCCGACGUCGAGAACGAUAUCGACCACAGCUUGGCGUACCUGCAUGAGAAGGAACGCUUGCGCCAAAAGGCAAAGGGUCGCGGAGGGCAGCAAGAUGCCAGCAGCAAGGCGCACUCGCACUCAGAAGCGCUCGACGUCGAUGCGGACGGCAACGCGAUCGAUCUCGAGGCCCUGCAGAAGGAGAAGGAGAAGGCAGAGGCGGUGCGUGCGCUCAAGGCACGCUUCCAAGGCCAUGGCGUCGGUGAGCGUCAACGCCCGGAUGGCAGGAAUCGCAUCGCCCCUUCGAUCCAUAUCGGACCUCAAGCAACAGACUCUUCCGACAACAGCGCUUCGAGCAAGAGCGGCUCGAGCGAGGAAGACACGCAAACAGCAUCGACCAUCUCGGACAGCCUCAAUGCCGAGAUUGAGUCCUCUCUCGCAAAGACCCGCACUGGCAGCCUCAAUGCUGAGACGGCAUCUGUGAACUCGGGGCGAUCUAGCUUCAGCACCACUUUCGGCCGACGCAAAUCUCCACUCGCUCAUGCGCCCAUGCACGAGCCCCAGCCCGAGAAGUCGUCACCCCGCGCUGGCGGUCGUGCGCGGCAGACGGAACGCAUCGACAGCUUCCUCGCGAGUCUCAAUGACCGCAGCAUGGGGGGCAAGGAUCCCUCCGUCUUUACGCUCAACUCCGUCAGCCCGAACCCGUGCGGUCCAUCGCAGCGCAAUUCGAACGCAUCUGACCGCACCGUCAAGGCGCAUCCACCGAGCCAUCACCAGCCGCACCAGCAGCAGAUGCCCAUCCACUCGGCUCCCGGCGAGCUCGGAAGAUUGGAAAGCUUCUUGGAUGACAUGCUCGGCUGA